CGGGGUUCGACGACGUCGCACAUCGCUCGAGGAACGCCACGUACUGGCCGCUGUAUGGUACUGGCUGACCUGAGCAUGUUAAUCGGCAUUCGAGCCUAACUCUCCUUAGCCCUUACGGCACACUCGUUUGAAGGAUACCUUAUAAUAAUCGGUCGCAGCCCGGAAUGACGACGAAGACGCAUUCGGCUACCCCUCGGUCACGUCUCCCCCGUUUCAGCCUCGGUCUAGGGCUUAAAGGUGCAGAUACAAGUCGCAGGAGUGAACCAGAUGGCGAUUCGGACUACAUUCCCUACAACGGGCCCUAUGAGCCCCCUCCAGAGCCUCCCGACCGCGACCGCGACAGCUGGGGAGAUCCCGUGGAUAGGAACCGAGAGGAUGGUGGGAUGGUUGGCGAUAGGGACUACUACGAGAGGUGCGCGGGAGAUGACCGAAAGUAUGGGCAUGAGGUUCGAUUUUCGGAAGAGACAGGGGAAGGCGAACAUCCGCGGAAAAGCAUGGGGACAUCCUCUGUGCGCUCCAGGGUCACUUCGCGGAACACACCACAUCGCCCGCCGAUUCCAUCUUACAUUAACCUGGACGGCACGGGGGGAGUAGGCGAGUCUCCCAGACCUACAAGGCCAGUCGAAGAUGCGUCCUCCCCGACCUCCACGGCGUCUAAUAACCGGAUGAGCUUUGCGAGCUUCUUCACGUUCGGCCACAGUUCUAAGAAGACGCCCCCUACAUCUUCUGCGUCCCAGUCCACGCGGGUCCAAGGUGAGCUGCGACACAGCCAGUCCACAGACUUUGCCCUUCAGGGCAAGAAGGGCCGGCGGGACCAUGUAGACUCGGUCGCUGUACGUCAGGACCAGGUCGACUACUACAACUCGUAUUAUGGUACACUGGCAGAGGACGAGCAGCAUCCGUCAUCCCGACCACGGCCCCAGCUGCAGACCCAGAACCUAUCCCCUGCAGGUGUUCAGCACUCAAAAUCCUUAUCCCCUCUAUCCCCCCUCUCCCCUCUCUCCCCAUUGGCCGCCGAACCGUCUUCGUACUCGCAACCGCACUCUCCCGGCAGACAUCCAUACGCGUACAGCGCGCUCGGCCCUUCCGCUCCAGACACCCUUCCUCGCGCAGCUCCCCCCGUCUCCCCUUCCGCCGUCCCGUUCGCGCAGGAGCGGCUCCCGUUCCCCCGCCCCACCCCUCCGCGGAUCCACCUCUCCCGUUCCGAUCAGGGCGACAAACCAAAAGUGCCCGCGUACCUUAAGCCCUCGCCGCGCGGCUCGCUCCUCGGGUCCUUCUCCACGCCCAACCUGCGCGGGCUCGCGCGGGGCGAGGCGACCCCGCCCAGACGGCAGCCCCUCCCCGCGCACCUCAAGGGACGGGAGCGCUGGCUCUCGCCCGAGACGUGGUGCGACGCGCUGCUCUUCCCGCGCCCGCGAUUCAAGGUCACCGAGGACGUCGAGGCAGAGAAGGCGCGGUGGUGGAGCAGGCGCAUCGUGAGCCCCCCCGGGAGCCCCGUGUGGCCGUCGCCCGCGGGCGAGCUCGAGAAGGCGCCGUUUGCGGUCGUCACGGGGAGUAUGCGCGGGCAGGACUCGCUGCGCCGCCUGCCGAAGAGCAGGUCUGCCGCGGAUCUGCUUUCGGAGGGGGGUUGGACACCGAAUUCGAAUGUGAAUUCGCCGCAGGCCAGACCGAGGGGGCAUACGAUCGCGUCUAAGUCGAGGGAGCCUGCUGCGCCGCACACGACAAUCGAAGAAAGCGAGCGUAAUGAUGCAGCGCCCCCCACACAGCCUCCCGCUGAAGAGAUGCUCAGGCCUCCCCGGCCAAAGAGCUUUGCUCAAGAUGAUCUAGCACUUCCCAGUCCCAUUCCGUCCUUGACUAAGGUCCUUGAGGAGGGAGAGAAGCUCGAGAAGGACCGGCAGGCGUGGAAGUCACAAGCCACGAAGUCCUUUCAGAAUAAGAGGACGCGAUCGGUCUCCCGGUCCCGCGCAAGGUCUCUGACCGCGACGCAUCCUCGUGUCCGUCGAAAGGAUUUCGAGGGUAAAGUUACCGAGAAGCUCGACAUACUCGCUGAGCGGACGCUACUGGGGAGUCAGGCUGCUGCACCCAGGAUCCACGAGCCGAGGUCUCCAACGACCCAGACGGGCUCCGUCGGUGUGGGAACUAACUCUUGGCAGUCCCGGACGAUCACCUCCCAUGCGAACACACAUUCACGCUCGCAUUCUUUGUCCCAGAACUCGCACCACAAACGCGGCCACUCGCGCAACGAAAGCUGGGGUAAGUCCGCUAUCAAGGCUGCCAAGAACGCUGCGACGUUGUGUGGUAUCGGUUCAGCCGAGAAUCUGGUCACGCCGAUUGCUGAGCGUCACACAGGUCCGUUAAACGACACUGGUAGAGGCGACGUGCCUAGGCUCGUUCGCUCAGGCGAUACCGGGUCUAAUCGGGACAAUGAGGGUUCCACGGACGAAGCGGUCGUCAUUGUGACCCCUGCUGUAGCGAGUAAAGCCUAUGCUCCUGCUUCGGCUGCUCUGGCUAUGGUUGAUAUAACUGCCAGUGGAGGAGAGCGGCAAGAUCACCCCGCACCCUCGCCUACGCCGUCAGGUCUGGGUGUGCCGGCAGAAGCUGUCGGUCUAGCUAUCUCGUCUCCUCCGCCUUCCGACGACCAUUCGAAGGAUUUCAGUGCGCAGGAGCCAAUCAGGUUCCCUGCCCAUCCCUAUGCGAUGUAUUCGAACCCACACAACAUCUCGCCUUCGGAAGUUAUGCGCGCCACUCCUCCCAAGUCGGAUUACGCUGGGCCCCAUCCAACGACACCGCGGGUCGCCAUCACUCUCCCAAUGGCGGAUAUCAACGAUGUGUCAGUCCGUCAUCGACUUCCACCCCACGCCAUACUACACCCGUAUUCUCACCCAUACGCUUCGACCAGUUCUCAGCCGGCAGGUGGCCAUUCUAGGGAAAAUAGCGAAGGGUCAGGCGGAAAGUCAAGGAUGUAUGCGCAAUUGCCCUCGGGGCAGGUGCGCGAAAUCUUGCCGGAAGAGAUCAGGAACUCGCCGUCGGCGAGUAUCACUGUGCCCCCGCCUGAAGAUGAGGGCGGUUUCAAACAUGCAUAUGCUGCUAGAAGCCGAGCCAACAGUGAUGCGCUCGCGAUGGGAGAUGUGCUGAGUUACGCGUUGAGGAGGACGGGCAGCGGAGACAGUGGGCUGGGUACCAGCGAAGGUCACGGUUUCGCUGCCGCGCGGGAUUGGGACGAUGACCGGAUAGAGAUCCUGCGAAAUCAUGCGGGUCUGGGUACUGCUACUGGGACAUCCCAUCAACUGCUCACCAUACCGGAUGAAAAGUUGAAGUCUUCGAAAGCCGGGGCAGGAAGACCUACUCUCCCUCAGCGGCAUACGCAACUCUCGGAACCUUUUUCAAAUCACACUCUUGCGUCAUCUGCGGACAGCCAGUACCCUAUCUUCGCGUCCCCUGUUCCUGAUAUUCCGCGGAGAGCCUCCCCUGACGUCUUGUCUGACGUGGAUUCGCUUCAGUACUCCCCGCGUGGUUUCGGCGGCUCAGAUGACCUUGAGCGGUUCCGUGACCUUUUCUACAAACCCUCCCCCAAGGAAACUAGCAGGACGCCGUCCAGUGAAAAGCUUAAAGAAGUCUUGUCGCGCGAACCCAGCGUUAGUGCUCAUCCCGAGACCCCUCGCUCCCCUAGAAGCCGAACUGGCAGCGGUUUCACUACUCUCGCUCGUCGAUUGACUGAAGAGCUGGAAGCUCUCAAAGAUGAGACUGGGUUUGAUCGCCCGGAAAGCUAUGAACAUCCUCCCAUGUGGGGCAGCCGGUUUGGAGGACUCAAGGGGCAGCGUCCCCUGCACAAUUUGUUUGAUCCCUCUGUCAGGCGGGAGAACGACGCUGGUUCCAGCACUUAUUCCCCCAACACCACUACGUUACCCCUGCGGCUACCAAGUGACCGGGGCGAUUUAUCAACUCUGGAGCCGGCCUUAAACAUACCUGAAGAUGUGGAAUCAUCUCGCGCUUCCUCGAUCCUGGAACCUUCGUCGGAUGGUGGCCAUACCACACAAUUCCGCUUAGGUGUUAUCGAAGCAGUCUCCACGCCGCCCGCAGUGUCUAGUGAUCAUCGCGUAUCAGCACAUCUGUCGUUGAUAGACGGUGAAGCCGGAGACCCUAUGCAGGAACAUCCUAUCUCGGGGAACGCAGACUCUACGCAAAGGGUUGUCUCUCAUUCUAGCUUAGCACUUCCUAAUUCGGCUGUCACUCGUUCCAGUUACAUGACAAGUACUUCAAGCACCUCGCGGAUGUCUGGGCUGUCGGACUUCCCCUCUCCCCCGACCUUGCAGUCAACUCCGGGACAUAUGUCAAUAAUUCAGUCCUAUUUUGCCGACACCCCUCAUCACCAAGAAGAGGAUCCGUUUUCAGCAGCUGCCGCUCGUCAUCUACGUCCUCAGGUCAUCCGACAAGCAAGCGAAACCACAUUCGGCGAACAGGCUGGCUUGUCAUAG